UCUAAUAUCCACUCCUGAGGCCGUAUGUGUCUAAUAUCCACUCCAGAGGCCGGAUGUGUCUAAUAUCCACUCCUGAGGCCGGAUGUGUCUAAUAUCCACUCCUGAGGCCGGAUGUGUCUAAUAUCCACUCCUGAGGCCGGAUGUGUCUAAUAUCCACUCCUGAGGCCGGAUGUGUCUAAUAUCCACUCCUGAGGCCGGAUGUGUCUAAUAUCCACUCCUGAGGCCGGAUGUGUCUAAUAUCCACUCCUGAGGCCGGAUGUGUCUAAUAUCCACUCCUGAGGCCGGAUGUGUCUAGAAUUAUCCAGAAAGUUUUAUAUACCGUUUUAUACCUGGAUAUACAUAUUUGCAGUUUGCAGCCGUAUGAAGUGGGUUGGGGUGAGGCAGAGGUCCGUCACGGGUGUAAAAGGGUGGCACGGACCCCAGCGACGCAACGUGCUACAUACAGUGCUCAGUUCAAAACGCACCCGCUUGCAGCGCCACUGUCGGCUAGUCCUGUAGGCACACUACACACAACAUUAAGUUUGCCCAAGUUGCGUUGACCUGGUUUGCACUGACUGCUCCACGGUGUGAGACACUUCGGAUGAGAACCCGUUCGUGUUGCCAGUUGAUGCCUUAUCAGUGGAUGGUUGUCAGUGGAUUGAUGUCCGUGGAUGGUUAUUGCUGAUUCUUCUUCUGUUAACGGUAAGGGGCCUACUACUUACUUCUAUGUGCGUUUAUCGACUAACCUGAACACAUAAUGACCAACACUGAUCUCGACCUCUUGCUGUCAUCGUAUGUUGUAUGAAUAAUGCCUGCGAAAACUGACAACAGCUGCAUGAUGACCUUCUUUUCCUUUAUUUACUUAAAUUCCAAAAAUUAAAUUUCAAUAAGGCUUAGACAAACGUUAACAGUUUUGUGGAAGAAAAACUAAUGACAGGGUCAUUUGUAGAUGAUUAAUUUUGUUUAGAUUUUUGUUCAAAGUAAAAUCUUGAGCCCUAGGUUUAUUCAAUUCAUUCUUUUGUGAUACCGGUAUUCAUUUUGAUUUAUCAUAAUCCUGCUCAUCAAAGUCAUCAAUGUUGGCAAAGGCAAAGGUGAAUAAUAUUGCAUAAUCCUAGGAAAUUGUUAUAUUUCCAUUAUUAUUUUGUUUGAUUAUUUUUUUUCUAAAUAAGGAAAGGUAGGCUUUUUCAAUGUGUUCAUUUCUUGAACUUCAUCACGAUCAUCACCAUAAACAUUGUUAUUGACGAAAUAAGAUGCGUGUGCAUGGAUCACGAGUUCGUCUAGUAAUUAUGGAGUAGGCCUCCUUCAGACCUGUUGACUUUUAUGAUAUUGGCGACCAAUUUACCUCAUUUGCACCCUCUUCCUUGCCUACAUCAAUGACCUGCCACAGGUGCUAACGACUAGCUCUGCCAUGUAUGUGGACGAUUUGGUAAUUUGGAGCACCGGGAAGGAUGUCCACCGCCUGCAGACGCUAUUACAGCAGGACCUUUCUGCUAUCAACAGGUACAUGCGGCGGUGGCAUCAGGAAAUUAACACCGAGAAGACGGUCUACUCACUCUUCACAAAUGGGCGGACCAUUCUCAAACAGGAGAUCGAGCUCAAGGUGGGCGAUGUAGCGCUAAAGUGGGACAAACAACCGGUCUACUUGGGAGUUAAGCUGGACCAAAAGGUACAAAUGCACAAUUUUGUACAGGACCUCUGCUCCCAGGCGACCGCCAAGCUUAACCUGGUGAAAAAAUUGGCUUGCACAAGUUGGGGCGCGAACGCAAGUACGCUUAGAGCUCUCUUUCUAAGCAGUGUAAGGUCGGUGAUGGACUACAGCAUGCCGGUCCAAUCCUUUGCAAGCAAGACCGCAUUGGAAAAACUGGGCCGAAUCCAGAAUCAGGCACUGAGAUUCAUCUGUGGCGCAUACAGGACUACUCCCACAGCUGCUGUAGAAGUCUUGGCCAAUGUAGAACCACUACAAAUUAGAAGGGAAAAAUCCAUCUUAAAUACCGUAGAGAGGUACCGACGGCUCGGUGAAAAUGAACCAGCCUUUCAAAUGCAAAAUAACUGGGUGGGUGGCAGGAGACUAAAGAGGUCCUCUUUCAUGCACCAGGUCGUGGAGCUGGAGAGGACAGUUCCCCUGCCCCCAAAUAGAGAACGACUGACCCAAAUCCCAGUUAAUCCGCCUUAUGCGGAACCCUCACGCCCCUCCAUACAUUUGGCCUUGACAGAUGCAGCAGUGACGAAACGAAGCCCUGAACAUGUACAGAGAGUGGCUGCCCUUGAGACCAUGGAUGUGUUCACGCACAUACCUGUGAAAGUGUUCACGGACGGCUCUGCUGACUUUAGGAAAAAAACUGCUGGGUACGGUGCGCUUAUUCAGUACCCAGUAGGUGGACCGCCCGAUGAAAAACUCUCCGGGCCUUGUGGGACUACAGCGUCAAACUUUGACGCGGAGCUUAUAGCUAUGCACAAGGCCUUGGAGAGAGUCCGUGUCACUCUGGAAGGGACGGAGCAUGCGGGGCUCGAUAUUGUCGUCUUCUCAGACUCAAGAUCCGCUCUUGAGAUCUUGGAGAAGAGACAGGGUACCACAAGCUUGGUCGACGUCAUUCACAACGACAUAUGCAGACUUGAUGAAAUAGGGUGCAAGGUUGAAAUGCAAUGGAUACCAGGGCAUGUCAACAUCAGUGGCAAUGAGAUAGCUGACACUCUGGCGAAAACCGGGGCAGCCCAGCCUCAGCCAGAAGUACCAAUGACUUUCUUGGGAGUCAAAAACUGGCUGGCGGACCACUUCAGACAGAAGUGGUACAGGCAAUGGGCUGACAACACGACCGCCAGAGGCGUCUAUUCGAACUUGCCUACUCCUAGCAAACAAGACCCAUGGUGGGGGUUAGGUCGUAGAGUGCAGAGUUUAGUAACGCAGAUGCGCACCGAGCACUGCCCCCUGCGCACAUAUUUCUGGAGGUUGGACAACAACAGAGAUCCUACCUGCCGGCACUGCAGCCUGGCCCCAGAGACCUUAGAACAUCUGUUGACGGAGUGUCCCGCACUAGAUCUCCCGGGGGAAGCCAGGGCGGUUGGAGGAUCCUUUGUGAGGGACAUGUUGUAUGGCUCAGCUCAACAGAUGGAGUUGAUAGCCAAUUUACUAGCCGGGGUCAUAAGAGAGUAAUCUCAGACCUUCACCAGAAUAUGUGCGUUAGUUAGUUAGGUGUCUUUUGCGAUUAUCCGUCAAAACCCAUCAGAACAACAAUUUUUUGAGACCCGUUAAAAAUUGAAAAUCCCCAACGUAAGGUACGUUGGUCGCCGUACGAAUUAAGUACGUCCCCAGCACGGAAAGACUAAUGUGUUGGUACAAGGACAACAAUAAUACAGCGAACUGUUGCUAACUAUAUAUGGCAACACAAAGCAUUAGUGUGACGGUAACCGCGAAACAUUGUGGUGAUAUUUUUAAAAACUUAAUAACUUAAUUUAGAUGACAAUCGGCUCUAUCAGAAACACAAUAAUUAUUGUUGGUAUAACAUGUUUUAUGAAAUUAAGGUCGGGGAGGAAAGACUAGAGACUGUAGGUCGCUUGAAAUACCUAGGAGCAAUAGUCUCAGAAGAAGGCCCCAAGCCCGAACUGAGGUCCAGGAUUGCGCAGACUACAACAGCACUGUAGAGGCUCACAAAAUUAUGGAUCAACAAAAAUAUAGCCCCCAGCACCCAAAUCAGGCUGAUGCGCUCAUUAGUCCUCUCCAUUUUCCUGUAUGAAUGCGAAUCCUGGACAUUAACAGCCGAUCUUGAAAGAAAAAUAAAGGCGAUGGAGAUGAGAUGCUUCAGAAUCAUUUUUGGCAUCUGCUAUAGGGACCCUAUCUCAAAUGAUAGGCCUACUGUGAAAGAAAUGAUUCGUCAGGCAAUGGGGGAGUACGAUGACCUACUGGUGACUGUGAAAAAAACGCAAACUACAAUGGUACGGCCACGUAACAAGGAAACAAGGGCUUGCCAAAGAAAUAUUGUAGGGCACCACAAGAGGAGGGAGAAGAAGAGGAAGACAAAGAAAAAGAUGGGAGGAUAACAUCAAAGAGUGGACAGGACUAACAUUGAGCGAUGCUGUGCGCAGUGCAGAAGACAGAGACGAAUGGAGGAGGAUAGUUCACAUGUCAUCUGUGGCGCCCAAACGGUCCAAAGUCUAAGCGACAUGAGGAUGAGGAGGAUAGUUCACAUGUCAUCAGUGGCGCCCCAAGGGUCCAAGGACUAAGGGACAUGAUGAUGAUGAUGAUAACAUGUUUUAGGUUGUAAUAAUAUUAUAAAAAGCAAAGGGCACUCAGGGGUCUAUUAUGCAUUAAUUACCCCCGCCCCCCCCCCUUUUUUUUUCAAUCGGUUAUUUAUUAAUAUUCACUAUGAUCUCUUUUUUUAUGAACAUAGUGUAAAUAUUGAUACUUUCUUCCAUCAUUCUUCGAUGUAUGCAGAAUGUGUGCGUGAACGAAUUUCAAAAUAUCUCACUAUUUCGGCCGAAAUUCUCGUUAAGCUUUUGGUUUUGGCUUUGGUCUAAAGCCAUUUUAAACUUUCGGCAUAGUUUCGGUCGAAAUCAGAAAAUCACCUUCGGUCGUUCUCUAGUAUGAAGUCUUUCUACGUAUGUUUCGGAUAACUUUUCAUUGAUUGUUUGUGUUUGCCUUUAAAACAGAAUUCCCCAAAACUAUCCGUAAGUUCAUUCCAUAAAUGGUGGCUGGGCCUUUUGGAAAUACUAUAUUAUUUUAAACAUACAUAAAAAAAUAAUCAAUACUUAUGAACUGUUUAGUUUAAUAUAUAUUAAAAAAAUAUUUUUCAAUAAUGAAAGUGUGAAAAAGUUUUCCUAGAUAAGAUUCUUAGUCAAGAAAUAACGCUUGAAAUAUUGAUUGGGGACAAUACUUGGGAUAUUGAUAAGUCUUGACUCAUAAGAUGACGGAAUUGGACAGAAUUUUUGAGCGUUUAAUAGCCAAUGUUUUAAGAUUCUAUAUUCAUUAGAAACGACUUCUAAAUAAGAAUCUCAGGCGGUCUCUGCGUUACUUAAACGUGACGACAUUGUGAGUAAACGUGGUGAUAAGUGUAGGACACACCACCUAGCACCAGAGGGACCAUUUAAAGCUACGUUCAGAUAAAUAUUACAGAACAAAAAUGCUCAAGAUAUUUAUAUAACCAGCCAUUCAAGAAUCUGACCUACGCGUUCGAUAGAGAGCUACUGGGCAGCAACAGAAAUCAGGAUGUAACUAAAUCAAUCAGGAAACUUGAAGAUGCCUCGGUCAAAGCUUGUCUGGAGGUAAAUGAAACGAAGACAAAAAUAUAUGAUAAUGUCGCGAAAGACAACAUCAACAUAAACAACCACAUCUGAAUGCUUUCAAAAAUCUAGGGGUGACUAUAAAUGAGGCACAAUUAAAUAAUGACGGAGUUGAAAUAAAGGAUAGCAGCAGGCAAACGUUCCUAUUUCAGCCAACAAAACCUACUAGGAAGCAAAAAGCUCUCAAAGGGAACAACGAUUAUCAAAAGACCAGUAGUAUUUUACGUUAGUGAGACUUGGUCCUUGACCAGAAAAGCAGAGAACAUGGUCGAUACAUGGGAGAGGAAAAUCCUCCGGAAAAUUUAUUGCACGGUGAUAGACAAUGAUUUUUGGAGAACCCGUACAAACCGAGAGCUAUAUCAAAUUUACAAAGACCCUCGCAUAGUCGCAACAACAUAAAAAAAAAAAAAAAAAAAAAAAAAAAAAAAAAGCCGACCGCUCUGGACAGGGAAUAUUGAAAGGAUGCCGCAUUGUAGAGCAUCAAAUGUAAUCUACAGGCAGAAACCUAGAGUAAGACGGCUCCCCAUCCGAACAAGACAAAGAUGGUCGAUGAUGUAGAGAAGGACGUACACCAGUUGGGACUUCGCACAUGGAGACGGAAAGCCAUGGAUCGAUCCGAAUGGAAGGGUGUGGUGCAGCAGGCCAGGUCCAUACACUGGCUGUAGUGACACUGAUAAUGAUAAUAGCACACAGGGUGGAUGGGACUCGUUAACCUUGGAUGGUACUCAUCUAAGUGAAGGAAACCUUGGAUUCAAACCCAGCGAUGGAGUCCCGUAGGCGGAUAACAUUGACACAAUUAAACAUUCCGACAACUCCUGCGGCGCCACUGGUGCCAAGCUGUAUCAUCAACAUGCUUUUCCCUUGGGUUAUCCAGUGGCAUGGAGAGAGGCUAUUUGAUAUGUAGGGAACCAUCUUAUAAUCUUAAUAAUAAUAAUCCCAGGCCUUGUGGGCUUCGACCUGUGAAGUCUACACCAUGAUCAUUUGCCCUCCCCCCCCUGAAUUUACCGGUUUCAUUUCAAUUGCUAUGUUCUUUGGCACCUACAGUAAUAAAAAACUUAACAAGCCGACCAAGUUUGUCCCCCCCCCCCAUUAAAAAACCCCUAGAAAUGACGCCCCUGAUGGAGUGUUUGUCACAAGCCAAAGGGUACGUCCCAAGUGGAAUUUGACCUCGAGGGUCUGAUGUUACUAUAACAUCUCGCUGAAGCUGUUUCUUCUUCUAGCUCGCAAUCCUAGCCUUAGAUAAGGAAUUGGUAUUAAUCCUUCUUACAUAAGUUCAGUAAUUGAUCUCUCGUUAAACCAAUUACAUUAUGUCACAAAGUAUACCUGGCCGGAAAGGGGAUUUUAUUCUCUCUAUAAUGUUAUAGCUGCAGAAAUUAAUAGAAAGCAAUUAAGAGUGGUUUCAAAUUCUUGAAUGGGGGAUCCCAACCACUUGUGUAAACUACAUCUCAAAGACAAUUAUUUUAACUUAUAUUAACAUAAAAAAAUGUAUUCCAAGAAAGUCGAGAUUUCCAGUGAACAGGAACAUACAAGUCUUCAGGGAUUUGGUAUGGGGGUUUUACAUAUUUAUUCCGGUUGGAGUUUUUAAAGAAUGGUCAAUUUUACCAUAACUUCCCCGCUUCCAAUCUUCCCAAAUACAUGGUUUGGCGUUCGGUGACGUAGAUGUUCUCCAAUAGAUCCGCGGAAAAAAGACGUAUCUGUGGCAUUACCCGCGCGUUCUGCAUUCAAAGUUUAAACCUCAGUGUAGGUGCGACAAUGUUUCGCCGGUGGCACCAUCUAAACACUAGGUGGGUAUGGCAAAGGCGUCUCUCUAUUGUUGUUUUUUUUAGAAUCCAUUUCUUGGGUAUGGGUAAUGGACGAUUUCUAUUCUUUACUUAUGUUACGCAUUAAUAUAUAUUUUUUUUAAAAAUGUUUAAGCUCCGUGGAUACUCGAUAUGAUUCCUAACAAUUAUAUCAUGGUUGUGGUGGUUAAACAUACAGCCUUACGCUCAAUUUGAGAUAAUGGUUCAAUAAUUGCUACAUGGCUUUACAAAAAAAUCAAAGACAUGUUCACUAGGGACACAGUUUUGAUAGCACCAGUUUUUUUUCAAAAUAUUCACUUUAGUACGCAUCUUGUCAUGGAAUAGGAGCUUGUCUCAUGCAAGGCUUUGAUAACAAACAGAGACAAUAUCUAUACUUAAGUAGAUCUUUAAGUAAAGCAUAAUUUUUAUCUAAUUCAUAAUGGAUCGUAUAAUAAAAAUUGUCAUGAAGUUUUUGGAAAAACAGGUUGUGUUAAACAAUUUCUGCUACUAGGCUUAUAUACUAUUUAUGUUAAUAAACAGGAGUAUAAUGUGUUACGUUUUGUAAGUGAAUAGUCAAUUAUGUAAGGAAACACUAUUAUGAGAACGUAGCGAUGUGAUUGUUCAUUUUAUGUGUUUCAGUAAAGAUGGGUACAUUUAAUUAUUUAAUACUCAAAAUGGAGUAUUUUGGACGUGGAGCUGCUGGAUAUUUUCUCAUAAUCUUUCUUUGUUAGUUUGAAAUCGAAAGGUCAAGCAAACAAAAAAUGUUCAUCGUCUUCGACCCUGUUUUUGAAUUGUGGUUUUGCAAUUCCCGGACAUUUUUCAAGGAGUAAAAACGGUUAUUUCCAUUCACGCCAUAUAACUUAAAACAACAUACAAUAAACGUAUAGUUUGAGUGUAUAGUUAUAAUGGCAUGUGUGUUCUUUCUAACUCAGAUUGAGGUGUUAAAAAGGAAUUGAUCACAUAACACGACGGGUCACAGGACAUAAUGGCGAUGACAAGACACUUAUUAAAGGCAUCCUUCAGGCAGUUGACUUCUGGACAAAGGGUACUACCAGUGCGAGCUGCAUCCACGGUGAAUGUUGGAACCGACCAGGUUGAGGCCAGGCCGUUUGAGGAGAUGCCAGGUCCUAAAGGGAUCUACCAAUGGCCUGUCAUCGGCGCAAUACUGCAUUUUAAACCAUUCAGUAAGUCUUAAGGAGAAAAAUUCCCGAAAUGUAAGCAUCAAGAAGAGCAUGGGAAGAUCAUGAUAUGAUCUUCAAAAUGUCAUGAAAUUCGAUCUUUAAAAUUUAAGACAUACGAUCUUUAAAAUGUUAUGAAAUUUUAUAUUUUAAAAAUUAUGAAAUUUAAUCUUCAACAUGGUAAGAAAUAGGAUUUUUUAAAAAAAGAAAUAGAUCUCAGUUACAAUUAGACAUUGAGUGAGUGGACAAAGCAAUUUUAGCAAUAGUAAUUAUAAAUUAAAUUUUAGUUAUACUUAAAAUUGUACCACUUUUUUUUAUAAGGCUAAAUUUUAUUCUUUACUUUUAAAUAUAGUUUUAAAAGUAAAGCUCUAACUGCCUGUUCCAACAAUGCUUAAUUUCUUUUUCAGUGGAACAGGGGAAGGGGGCUAGGAGGGAGUCAUUGUGACUUAAGACUUGGCGUACAUUCUCGUCCUUAAGUUGAGCUCGUCUAUAAGUCAAGUUCAUGUUUUUUUACCAAAAAUUAUUAAAUAUGCUAAGACUGGUGGAUAAGUGUCAAUGGUAAAUCUAAGGGGCAUGAAAUUUUGUGAUUUUUAAAAUCUACCCAAAUUUUACUUAAGAGCAAUCGCUGCACUGUACUAUAAACUAUGACUGGUAUCAUUAGGCCUACGCCUACACUCUCUCGCGGUCGGUGGUGUCUGCUGACAUGACUGCGAUUAUCAUUUCAGUGUUCUCUAUCCUCCCGACGAUCGGAGAGGGGCUGACGGACAUUGGUAUCAUAUUUCAGAUAAGAAUAAACAGCUGUUUUUUGGUCUCUUUCUGUGUGAUUGUGUGCACUGUGUAUCCGGUAUCUGGUUCACGGUACAGCUACCGGUUAGUACACUAGCACUACCGGUAACGUGUCGGUGCUGCCGACAUUCAAUCGCAACUAGCACUAACCCGUGGAUAAGUCGACCCUUUGAUUUAAAAUGAAGUUUACGACUAAACAAUUUAGAGUUUUUACACGAAUAUAUACGGUAAUGAGUUUUCUUAAUAACUAUCGCCCAUAAAACUUUAAUGAAAGAAAAAUAAAUAAAUAGAUAACAGAAUUAUGAUGUAGAAUAUCUAAUUUGUUUUUAUUUUAAACAUUUGUAAAAACACGUGUCUAAUGAUUAUUUAAAGGGAUCAUUCAAUGGCAGCUCAUAAUUACGGCUUAAUGAACAGUGUAAACUCCAGAUGUCCGAAAUAUCUUAGUACAACACAUUUAACAAUGUUCACCUUGCGUGUCAAAGAUUUGUUUAAACAAGAACAUAUUAAGUACUAGUCGACCCGCGAGGUAGCAUACGUCGAAGAAUUGCUCAUAGUUGAGUGAGGACUUCGUGAAAGACACAGUUGUCCAAACGGGGUGGGUUUGAGGAUACAACUGUGAUUGCGUGAAAAGAUGGAACUCUGGAGAGAGCUACAUACAACUCUCCGUGACUGAAGACCGGUUUUGGUAGAUAGAGGCAUAUCUUUUUGAAACUUUGUCCCUGUGCCUUAUUAAUUGUCAUUGCAAGGGAUAAUCUAAGACGAAAUUGUCGCCGUGUAAAAGUAAAAGGUAAAUUUGAAUCUGAUGUUGUGAGGGAAAUCCGGGAAAUAAGGACAGCUUUUGCGGUAGCAGCUGCAAUAGUUGGACACUCCAGCACAUUGCAGUGAUUGUUGGUAACAGUCAGUCUAGUGCCAUUACAGAGAACUCUUGCUGGCAUGAGGUUUCUGAGAAGCAUGACAACUGAACCAAUUUUAAUUUUGAGUUUAAGCGGAGGCCUGCCAGUGGGAGUAAGACUGUUUAUAAAUUGUUCGGGGAAUGACAGUUGAUCUGCGGGAUCGUGUGUGACGAUGGAGUCAACACUCGUGAAAGUUACUUCGUCGGUAGGGAUAAGUUUCAAAACUUCUUCAUUAAGAUGUAGAGAGUCUUCUUUGGUGACGCUUAAUAUAGCUCGCGUACUGAGUUGUUCCGGAGUGAAAGUUGAGAAGUCGAUGUUACCUUAUAGUUGUUGAACGGGAUUAGAAUUAAGAGGAAAACAAUAUGAAAGUAAUUUAACAAAUGUUCCAUUUUGUUCGUCUCCUGCACUGAGGAGCCAUUAGGCGAAAUCUUGUUCGUGAGGAAGAGCUCUCAUUUUUGUUGUCAGUGUAAGGACAUGCAUGUUACGCCAGAAAGGAUGUUUGUUAAUGCAACCGGCGACAGUAAAUGCUCGGGAGCCACGCAUAAUGAUGGCGAGGAUUGUCGGAAAUCCCCACCCAAUAGAACUGUUUUGCCUCCAAAUGGCUGCGUGUCCCCCGUGAGGUAACGUAAUAACCUGUCAACUGCCUGGAAUGGGUAUGCAUGUGUCAUUGGGGCCUCGUCCCAUAUUAUCACUUUGGAUUUGAGAAGAUGUUGAGCGUGAAGUGAAGCAUAUGGAAGUAGUGGUCAGCUUCAAGGGUAUUUUAAAACCGAAAUGUGCAUUACGUCCACCUGGUAACAAUGUUGCAGCUAUUCCUGUCGAUGCUACCGUUGUAGGAAUGUCUCCCCCUACCUCUGAUGGUAUGAAUUAGGGUUUUGUAGAAGAACGUUUUGCCUGUUCCUGCAGGACCAUCUAAGAAGAUGCAUGCUUGUCACGGAUGGGAAUGGCUGUAUGCAGCGUAUAGAACAGUGUCAACAGCGUGUUUUUUUCUGUGUUGAGUUUGUUGGAGUGUUCCGUAGCGAGGGGCUGUUGAGCAUGAGCGUCGAAGUAGGGCGAUGAAUAAGACAAUGGAAGAGUGUCAAUGACGGGUAGUUGUAAGUUUUGGAGGCUCAGGCCAUGUAGUUGAAGCAUGUUAUUAAUUUCCGCGAGAGUAUACAUGUAAGCGGUGUGUGUCGAAUGUUCACUUCACAAACUAUGUAUUGUUACAAUAAAAUAUCUUUAUUACACAUUAACCACCAUCUUGAACUGCAAUUACUCACAAGACCACACUACACAAUAAUAAUACGUCAUAUCCCUUUUCGUGCAAUACGUCACAAAAUAUCAAACAUUUAAUGAGAAUAACUUCCCAUCUACUAAAGUUACUUGACAAAAAAUGAACUCAAGUAACGCACAUUUAAGAAUCUCAGUGUUUCGCUACACCCCUUCCCCCCAUGAUACGUCACUGCACACUUUUUAUUUCACGCCCAUGAACUAUAUUGAUAUUCUCAUGUCCCAACCACUUUUAAACCGAAUAUUUUUUACACAAUACUUAACUUGAGACGAUUUCGGACCGAAAAGAAAAUAUUACGCACCAAACGCAAUUGCGUUACUAAAAAAUUAUAUCAUAUAUAGCGUAGUUAUCGGGAAUUAUAUUUUGCGCGCUAGUGAACUCAUUAUUGAACCACACUCUGGCGUAUCUAUAAAAAGCCUGCGUUUUGUUUGACCCGUCUUGUUUGACCUUUGCUGGUGAUUUUAUAUAUAUAUAUAUAAGAUUUUGAGCUAUAUUAUUGCUUGCCGCAUUAUUAUGAACAACAAAAAAUUCUCUUUAUUUUAUUUUUAGCCAAGUACACGCCAGAAUCAUUCCAGUCUUUGAUAAAUCAGUUGUUUGAUACACACGGUCCAAUCUUCAAAGCCAAUUUCGGUUUUAAGUCAAUUUGGGUAUCAAAUCCCGCUGACUUUGAGACCGUGUACAGGAAUGAAGGAAAAUACCCACAACGGACCCCCCUUGGGCUUUCUGUGCAAUAUUUUAAGAGGAAUAACCUGAAGAUGGACAUGAGCUCAAUGUAAGUCAUCGGAGAUCGGAGUUUUAAACUAUAUUAAAAAAUAGUAUGAAUACAUUGCAAAUUGCUGGAGUUUGUUGCAAUGUACUUCUUACCUUGGAACGUUUACAUGACAUUUAAAACGUGCAGCUUCACUAGGUAAAGUCACAUCAAUACAUUUAGAAAGUAUAGACAAAGUCACUUCAAGACAUGUAAAAAUUAUAGGAAAAGUCAUAUCUAGAAAUUCAAACAUUUACAUAUGUUUCAAACGGGGCAGUAAAGUAUUUUUAAACGCAUGAGAUUAUAACGGUACGACUGGAAAUAUUUGCUUUUUAUCAGCACGUGAUCAAUUUAAGCACUUGAAAAACGUCUACCAGCUAUUUCUGAAACUCGAGAGUUUGUUCGACGUUACGCAUCGCAUGAGUCUUGGAUUUCAUGAGAUGGUGUGCAAGCAAGCGGGGUCUCUGGGAGAUAACACAAUCACCUUACAGUUAACAAUCUAAGCCCUUAUGCAUGUAUGCAUGCACUAUGUUAACUCACUUUUGGUGCUGGUGAGCAUUAACAAAUAAUUUGGAUGGAUCUGGGCCCAAGCAAUUUUAUCUGAAUCUCUCAAUGUAGGACUACCCAUUUUAGGAAUUGGGCAUUGUAAGGUAUAUACUGAAUCUCAAAAUGUUUUAAUUAUGCCCUCAUCAUGAUCGAAUAUAAGUAAAAUGUAUUUUGCUGUCUUAAGUGAUAAGUAGAAUUAAACUGGUUUUGUUGACACUAACAUUAUUAGGAUUCAAAAAGACUUAAUGUCUCUACAUUAAACCACAUUCUCCCCCCCCCCCCAAAUUCUGUGUCACACCAAAAGCAAUGGAGAAGAGUGGCACGCACUACGUACUCCACUCAACAAACGACUGAUGAAAGCUGACUUCAAAAAAACUUAAUGUCUCUACAUUAAACCACAUUCCCCCCCCCCCCCCCAAAUUCUGUGUCACACCAAAAGCAAUGGAGAAGAGUGGCACGCACUACGUACUCCACUCAACAAACGACUGAUGAAAGCUGACUCGGCCUUAUAUUACCUGGGGCCGCAAAACGCAGUGGCUGAUGACUUUGUCAAGAUACUUGAGUCACGUGACCUGAAAGCUGUGGACCAGGCUGACCUGUUCUAUCGCUACGCCUCAGAAAGUAAACGUUUUUCUGUUAGAAAUAGCGAAAGAAGAUUUGAGUUGUGUCCCUUCAGUUUUACUCAAACACUUUAUGUAAAAAAUAAAUAAAUGAAAUAAAAACUUAAUGAUUUUAUUUCUCAGUUCAUCUUUAUGUACAUUUAUAUAUUUAUGGUCAUCCUAAUACCUCAUAUACGUAUUACAAAAUUACAUUGUCCACCGUGUCGUCAUGUCCAAGGUAUUGGAGUUGUGACGUUCAACCAGCGCCUGGGAUAUCUAGGUGGCCAAGUGGACGAAGAUUCGGAGAGGUUUCUGGAAACCACCAAAAGUAUGUUUCAACAGAUGGGCAUCUUUAUAUCCGGCAAAGCACUCUCUCCAAACUGGUACAGAACUUCAUUUUACAGAGAGUACGAACGAUCAUAUAAUCUCCUGUACAGGUUGGAAAUUGUACUGUUUGUAUGUGGUGUCAUGUACAAUUUUUUAAUGUAUUGUUUGGAUAUAUAUAUAUAUAUAUAUAUACACACACACACACAUAUAUAUACAUAUAUAUAUAUAUAUAUAUAUAUAUUGUACAGGCUGGCGAAUGUAUGAUUUGGAUAAGAAUUUGAAGAUACGUGACUUUUUUCUGUCGUGCAUUAAAUAUAAACAAACAAGUUUGUUGUUUUCUAAUUGAAGAGAAUCUAAGUGUCUUCUUGUUUAAAAUAAUAUACUUUAUAAAAUGUAUCAAUUCACUUUUAUCUUGAUUCUUUAUUUUAAGAAUAUUACAUAAAUAUCCUAUUCUGUCAGGAGAAUUCCUGAAUUAUAGUAUACUUUUUAUUAUGCAAACGUAUCAUUUAUAAGUGUUUAAAAAAUGAAAUAAUUUCCAGAGUCUCGGAUAAACACGCGCGAAAAGCCAAGGAUCUCAUUGAACAGAAGACAAGGGACGGAACUCUGAAUACAGAUGAGCCUAACUUACUUCUCUCCCUUGCCUCAGAGAAAGGGCUUUCCGAAGCUGACGUCAGUAACAUUAUGCUCUCAAUGUACUUUGCUGGGACAGACUCGGUGAGUACUUUUUUUUCGGAUGUCUAUUGUAGAUGAGUGUUGAUUGAUGCAGUGAGUAUCUCGUAUUCAUUUUUUUAGUAGUGUGGUGUUCAUUGAUGCAAUUGUAUUUUGUAUUGGAAUAUUUUUUUUUUUUUAGUGGGGCGUUGAAUGAUUCAAUGAUUAUUUUUAAAUAUUCUCUUUUUACUCGCAUUUCCAUCUGGUUUUCAAAUCGUAAUUUCUUUGUUGACACCAGUGACUCUAUCGCUCAGUUGAUCGUUGUUCAUCGCGCCCGCUUCGUUCAGUGAACGGCUGGAGAAGGGUGGGUAGGGGAGCGCGUUCCGUUAUACUGUAUCGUGGGAGGCGAAUUGACCCUGUCGCUCAAAGUAUCGUGGUUGACCGCGUUUACUUCCUUGCGUGAAGGGCGGUAGAAGAGUGGGUGAGAGUUCUUUUUAGCUUGAUGCCUAGAUAAAGAGAUAAGUCACAUUGACCGGUAUUUUGUAAGCACUCAUUAUUUAACAAAGUAAAUAAAUCUAUUUUGGUGUAUAAUUUAAAAAUUACAAUUUAAUGCUAAAAAGAAGAAGAAAAAAAUAUAUUUAAAAAAAAUAGACUUUCUAUCGAAAAUAAAAUGAAACGCACUCGAUUAUGGAAAAUAAUUUAAAUUGUCUUUAAAUUUUACAUGCAAAGAAAGUCUGUGCAGAAAGAAUUUAAAAUAUAAGAAUACUAAUUUAUUACAUAAACAUAUUUAGUUCGUUUACAUUCAUUUCGUAUUCUUUGGCUGCAUAGACUGCUCAUAAUACACUUCUGCACAAUCUUUCUUUGGCUGCAUAGACUGUUCAUAAUACACUUCUACACAAUCUUUCUUUGGCUGCAUAGACUGCUCAUAAUACACUUCUGCACAAUCUUUCUUUGGCUGCAUAGACUGCUCAUAAUACACUUCUACACAAUCUUUCUUUGGCUGCAUAGACUGCUCAUAAUACACUUCUGCACAAUCUUUCUUUGGCUGCAUAGACUGCUCAUAAUACACUUCUGCACAAUCUUUUUUUUGCUGCAUAGACUGCUCAUAAUACACUUCUACACAAUCUUUCUUUGGCUGCAUAGACUGCUCAUAAUACACUUCUGCACAAUCUUUCUUUGGCUGCAUAGACUGCUCGUAAUACACUUCUGCACAAUCUUUCUUUGGCUGCAUAGACUGCUCGUAAUACACUUCUGCACAAUCUUUCUUUGGCUGCAUAGACUGCUCGUAAUACACUUCUGCACAAUCUUUCUUUGGCUGCAUAGACUGCUCGUAAUACACUUCUGCACAAUCUUUCUUUGGCUGCAUAGACUGCUCGUAAUACACUUCUGCACAAUCUUUCUUUGGCUGCAUAGACUGCUCGUAAUACACUUAUGCACAAUCUUUCUUUGGCUGUAUAGAUUGCUCAUAAUACACUUCUGCACAAUCUUUCUUUGGCUGCACAGAGUGCUCAUCGUAUCCUUUGGCUGCAUAGACUGCUCGUAAUACACUUCUGCACAAUCUUUCUUUGGCUGCAUAGAGUGCUCACCUAAGCCAGCUAUGGUCACACGCGAGACUAGCUUAGUCACGAAAUCUCGGAUUUGGGUCAUUUAUUUUGAAUGAAUAUUAAGUAAUUAAUUAAAAAUUCCGACAAUAGCCGUGUGGUAUAGAUGAAAACUAGUUUCAGCUUUGAAUGAAGCGCAAGUGACCAAGUCGUGGCUCAUAACAUGCAAUUAAUAUCGGGGGUUCAUAUACAAAAUUCAAAGUGUAAAAUGAAUAAAACAGAGUAGGGUUAAACCUGAAAAAAGAAAGGCAACAAAACAACGAACGUGUCGGCAGAAAGCCUUCGUCAGCGAACAAAACAACAGAAAAAACGGUAUAAAAAUAAAGAUAAGAAAUAUCACUUAGCUUGGACGUAGCAUCAAAGUUUCAAAGUGGUUGAAUAAGAGAGUGAUCACGUGUACAAACAUUAUGUAAAACUCAAAGGAAAUUCAUUUAUGUGUCCAUGUCUAAGUAGAAAUUUAAAAAAAAAAUUAAUUACACAUAUAUUCAAAGUAGAGAUAGAUUAAACAAUACAUGUUAUUAAGUAUAGCAGAAGAAAGAAAGAAAAGGGCAGGCUACGCUGGGCGGGACGCGUAGAAAGAAUCCCAAAUGACAGAAGGAGCGAAGAAGGUGCUGGGUGGCCAAGCAACCCGGGUGGAUGGGACUCGUUAGUCUUGGACGGCAACCCAUCUUAGAGAAGGCAUACUCUGAAUUUAAACCAGGAACCCGAAUGAUCAACAAAUUGAUCGUGGGCCCCUCAAAUAUAAGAAGAAGAUAAACAUUAGGUUUAUAUAGAUGGAUGUGGAACAAGAUCUACAGCAGAUGGGAGCCCAAGCAUAGAAAAGAAAAAGCAUUAGUUUGGUCCUGAAUUGAAGGAAGUAUUGAGGCACACAAUAUCUAGCGCCACAAGGAUGGAUGAUAUUUAUAGUAUUUCAAAGAAAAAGGUUACAUUAUAUUAAUAGCUAAAAAACACUUUAAAUUUAAGAACAGAUUAUAUAAUAAAAGAUUGUUUUGAACACUAAGAAUAAAUUAUUUAUUUUCUUCUUAUCAGAAUUAUUGCAUGUAGUCAUGUGGCUAGUCCACAUGGAGUCAUGUGGGUAGUCCACAUGGAGUCAUGUGGGUAUUCCACAUGCUAAAUCUAGAGGGGGAUUUUAAUUUCAAACAAUCUUUAUUUAAUUUUAUUCAACAUUUCCUCAUAAUAUCAAUGCCUAUUUCGAUCUGAAAUUCUUUUUUUUUUCUUUUGAUAAGACAUAGUCAAGUAGAACAUUUUCUGUUUUGUGAUUUAGACGGCAAAAAACCUGCAGGUCUUUUUCUAUAACUUGGCCAAGAACCCAGACAAACAAGAAAUUCUGAGAAAGGAAAUUUUGGAGGUCAUUGGCGACAACGGUCCCGUUACGGACCAUGCUCUCGCUAAAAUGACUUAUUUGAAGGCAUGUCUUAAAGAAUCUUUCAGGUGAGUGGGCGUUAAAUUUAUGUUUAGUCAAAUUUAAUAUUUAUUUACUUUUUUGGUUAAUGUUUUUGCAAUUUACAUGAUUUAUCUGAGCCUCUGCGCUCAUCUGUUUGUACAGUUGACUUUAAGUCAUUUUUUAAAACGUUUCUAAAAUAGAAUAGACAGCGAGAAAUUAAUCCAUCAUGUUUAAAAAAGAAGAAGUUUUCCAUUUGCGCUUGCAGAUUAAACUAUCCACUAAUAACUGGAACUGUUAGGAUUCUACCCGUCGAUGUCGUCCUCAGUGGAUACAAAGUUCCAGCUGGUGUAGGUGUAAUGUUUGUAUUUAAUAAUUUAAUGGAUUUCACAUAAGGCAUGCUUUAACUAAGUUGACAAAAAUAGAUUCAUAAAUACCAGAAAGUUUGUAAGGUUGAUUAUUAAGGAAACCGCGAAACAAUUUCACAAACAGGAAUCGGACAUAAAAUAUUAGUAUCAUGACUAUUUCUUUAUUUAUCAAACUGUAAUCAUGUUCAGCCCCAGGCCCGCCAGACUCAUAACUUGACUUUUUUUUUUAGCAAAUUCUAACCAUGUUCAACCCAAGGCCCGCCAGAUUGAACUUUGAAGAUCCAGACAAGUUUUUACCAGAACGAUGGCUCAGGUCCAAUGAAAGCAGGAAACAGGACUCCACCAAUAAAAUGGCCGUGCUGCCAUUUGGUCAUGGUCCGAAAAACUGCGCUGGUCGACGUUUUGCUGUUCAAGAAAUGUAUCUGGCCACUGCUAAGGUAUUGGGUUUGUUUGAUGGCUCAGCACAUUGAUUUUUAUAGCUGUUACAUCUGAAUGCUUUUUCAGACAAAUGGCAAGUCCAAGUAUUUAGAGAAAUAAAAAGUCCCAGUAUUCAGAGAAAUGGCAAGUUACAGUAUUCAGAGAAACGGCAAAUCGCAGCAUUCAGAGAAAUGGUAAGUCUCAAUAUUCAGAGAAAUGGCAAAUCACAGCAUUCAGAGAAAUGGUAAGUCACAGCAUUCAGAGAAAUGGCAAGUCACAGUAUUCAGAGAAAUGGCAAGUCACAGCAUUCAGAGAAAUGGCAAGUCACAGUAUUCAGAGAAAUGGCAAGUCACAGCAUUCAGAGAAAUGGCAAGUCACAGUAUUCAGAGAAAUGGCAAGUCACAGCAUUCAGAGAAAUGGCAAGUCACAGCAUUCAGAGAAAUGGCAAGUCACAGCAUUCAGAGAAAUGGCAAGUCACAGCAUUCAGAGAAAUGGCAAGUCACAGCAUUCAGAGAAAUGGCAAGUCACAGCAUUCAGAGAAAUGGCAAGUCACAGCAUUUAGAGAAAUGGCAAAUAUCAGCAUUCAGAGAAAUGGCAAGUUACAGUAUUCAGAGAAAUGAAGGGCCCCAGUAUUAAAAAAAAUGAAGAGUCCUUCUAUACAGACACAUUAACAGUCACUGUAUUCGUCGUAAUUGCCAUUGCGAGAAUUCCUAGUAAUUGCUAGUCCCAGUAUUCAGAGAAAUGGCCAGUCCCAGUAUUAAGAGAAAUGGCAUGUCACAGAAUUCAGAGAAAUUGCCAGUCCAGGUAUUCAAAGAAAUUGCCAGUCCCAGUAUUCGGUUUUGAAAUAUAUUAGUGUUUUAUACAUUAAUAAGAUUAAUCAUUUACUUAAAAACAAUUAAUCUAUCAAUUUGUGCCCUAGGGCUCCUGCUCUUAAGCAGUUUUCCAUUUCAAAAAACAUAUGCUCUCAAACAGUUGCCCAAUUCGAAGAAAUUCAGUUAUCAAACAGUUACCCAUUCCAAAGAAUAUCAGCUCUCAAGCAGUUUGUCCAUUUCAUAGAACAUCAGCUCCCAAGCAAUGGUUCAUGCCAAAGAACUUUGACUAAUGCUUUUUUAAAAAAGCUCUCCAUGCCUAGACAUUAUUUUAAGAUCAUGUUUGAUCUUUUUCAGGUGGUCCAAAAGUUGAAGAUUGAGUUAGAGCCCGAAUCCUGGAACACAAAGUUCAAGUACUCAAUGUUCAUUGAACCAGAAAAACCUUUGAAAUUUAAAUAUUCAAAACUUUAAACUGCCAUCGUUGUAAAAGAAAACUAAGAAUUCUAUUAAAAAUCCCUUUAUUCUAUUAUGAAAAUAAAUAAGAUAUUUAAAUCAUAAAUAUGGAUUACUGAAAAGGUGUCACCCAUACACCCCAGACCUUUCACAGGCACAAAAUCCCAUUCCAACAAUUUAACUGAACGAAUGAAAUUUGUUCGUGCAUUACAUGAAUUAAAAAAAAAAUUAAUUUAAUGUUUAUAAUACCAUACUUGUACCUAUAAUUGUGUUAAGUUUAUGUAAAACAAAUAUGGUAAUAUAUAAAUUGAGUGAAUUUUUCGUUUGUUCCAAGCGUGAACAAAUAGGAAAAUGACCAAGGCAGUGGCUAAUUGGGAUUUAUAAAUUAUAAUUGGUAUUUUUAUAAACCUUUAGCGUCGUCCAUGUUAACGAAGAGCAAUGGAGACAGAUGCGACGAUAUAAAAAAAAAUAAUAAAAAUUUUAACAUUCAUUUUAACGCAUGAGAAUCAAUCUUUUAUCUUUGAAUUUCUUCAAAAAAAAACAAAACAAGUCUAAUGCCUAUACAAGUCAAAGUAUGUGUGAUUGUGAUCCCCUGGCGUAGAGGUAAAAAGGGGGGCGGGGGGGGGGGAAGGGUGCGAUGUUUAAUCAAGAUAAGUCACUGCUGUGCGUCUUUUUGGUGUACUCUGUUUUUAUUUGGAUUUUUUUCUAUGUAUACGGAGCGAUGAUUUUUCAAAAUAGUAAAUGAACAAGAGCAAAUUAAAAAAAUAAACAAACCAAAAAAAAAAAAGGAGAAACAAAAAUAAUAAGAAAAAAUUACAAAAAAAAAAUGUCUUUUUGGUGUACUCUGUUUUUAUUUGGAUUUUUUUCUAUGUAUACGGAGCGAUGAUUUUUCAAAAUAGUAAAUGAACAAGAGCAAAUUAAAAAAAUAAACAAACCAAAAAAAAAAAGGGUUAAACAAAAUUAAUCAGAAAUAAUUACAAAAUAAAAAGGUUCGCUGUUUAAUGCAGCAAUUUUCUGUAAGUCUACGGAUAUACUUAUUGUAAUCAUGUUAAGACCUAACAGUUUAGUGCUUGGAAUAAUGGGGGGUGGGGCUGCUCUAUAUUAAAAUUAUCACAUUGUUAAGUGGCGUGCAUAAGAGGUACUUUGGCAAAACAAUGGUUUUUCCAGAAAUUGCGGUUCUUUUAUUAACUUUUUUACCAACUUAAUAAUUUAUAUGUUGUUCAUCAGUCGGGGGUCGACCAUGACCACUUUGUGCAGUAUGUGCAGGGGAAUGAUGGGUCAUCUCCGGGAGCAGAGUCAGACCGGGCCGUCCUUCCAUGUCUCUUGCGCUCUCCGGCCGCUGUUCUGCCAACUUCAUGUUGCAUGGAACUCCCUUGCAACGCCAUGAAGUUCGAUCCUUUGCUUUUUCCUCCCACGUGUCUGGGUUUACGUUGAACGCUUUCAGUGAGGCUUUUAUGUUGUCUUUAAAGCAUUUUUUCUGUCCGCCAGCAGACAGACCGCUUUCUUUGUUCAAUCUCAAUAUAGAAAAUUUAUAUACUAUGUGUGGGGAAAGGACAUGUGCAAAAACUUUUUUCAGACCUAUCAGCUUUCAGUCUGACUACGCCCCUGCAUUGGUGGGUUCAUUUCAUAAGUAGACCCAUGUCUCAAGGGACCCGAUUUGUUACACGCGUGACCAUUUAAAUCCAUUUUUUCGAUUUCUUAUUUUUUAUAAUCUCAAAAAAUGUCCAUGUAGUAGAUUCAUUACUUGUAUGCCUCUUGUAUGCCACUCACAAUAUGUUUCUGUCUAAAUUUUAUAAAUGACACGCAUGACUCGCGAGUGCCACACAUACAGUGACAGUGACAAGCGGUGCAAGACACUCGACAAUGAAAAACCACCGUGAUUUGUUAAUUGGUUGCACGUCUUGAAUUUGAAUAAAGGACUUAUUUUUGCGAUCUAUUAAACUCAGAUUUCAAAUGUU